GGUGAUAGCCGGGCUGCUGCUCCUCCCAGCAUCCCUGGCGCGGCCAUUUCAGCCCCAUCUUGGCUGAGGGGAGGGAGCUGCAGCCGCCGCUUCAGCAGUUUGAAUUUCAGUUUCCCCAGAGCCUGCGAACCGGUCGCACCGAGGAGGAGCCGAAGAAGCUACCGCUGCUCCCUCACACAGCCAGAGCGCCGCCGCUUGCCGGCCCGCCGGCCGCCGCCCCUUAUUCUCUCAAGAGCCGCGAGGGGAGGCCGAGACCGCCGCCGCCGCCCGCCCGCCCGCGGGGGUGGCUCCCCCUGUAAGGGGAGGACCGAAGCGGCUUUCCCCUCCCCCGGAGCGGGUUUCCGCCAGAGACAGCCGACAUGUCCCUUGGGCUGAGCUCCGGCUAGAGCCGGGGAGGGAGGGCCGCUCGGCCGCACCGAAGCUCCGCCGCCCGCCCGCGGCUCCUGGCUGAAUCAGGAAUCCCCGGCUCCGGACUCGCCACUCCUCCUCCUUCCCUCUCGGCGUCCGAGAGCCCGGAGCUGACGCCGGCACUGGCUCGAGGAGCGGGACAGCACCGCCCCUCACGCCGCCGCCGCCUCCUCCCCUUCGCCCUCCCACUCCCACCCCCAGCCUAGGCCUGCUGACCGCGCAGAGCGCCGAGCUGGACUGACCACGGCGGCCCGGAGACGCGAGGAGGAAACAGCCGGCCCGCCCCUGGGGUCGCGCUUUCGCCGCCACUGGGGGUAUUGAAUUGAGGCGCCGCGACUGCGGGAGGCGAGAAGGAAGGAGGAGCCGCCGCGCGAGUGAGACGGGGGCAGAGCUGAAGAGACCGACACGGAGAAGGAAACGGGAGGAGGAUGUCUCGCGGAGCGGCCGACGCACGGAUCAACCCGUGACUCUUACAGCGGCGGGCCUCAGACCCCAGCGCGGACGCGGACUUUGUCUUUGGGGGCCCUGCUCUGCCCUUCCUGGUUUCCGGCAAGAUCGCAGAGGAGCCGGCGUGCCUCUCUGCCCUCCAGCCUUCCUCACCAUGUCCAAGAUGCCGGCCAAGAAGAAGAGCUGCUUCCAGAUCACCAGUGUCACCACGGCCCAGGUGGCCACUAGCAUCACCGAGGACACCGAGAGCCUGGACGAUCCGGACGAGUCACGCACAGAGGACGUCUCCUCCGAGAUAUUCGACGUUUCUCGGGCCACGGAUUACGGCCCCGAGGAGGUCUGCGAGCGCAGCUCCUCCGAAGAGACGCUCAACAAUGUUGGGGAUGCGGAGACUCCCGGUACCGUCUCCCCCAACCUCGUCCUGGACGGGCAGCUGGCGGCCGCGGCGGCCACUCCCGCCAACGGAGGAGGAGCCGCUUCGGCCCGCAGCGUGGCUGGGGCGCUGGCCAGUACCCUAGCGGCGGCCGCCACCUCGGCCCCCUCCUCGGGGGCCCCCGGGGCCCCCCCGGUCGCGGGCCCCUCCGCCGGGCCAGGGACUGCCACCCCCUCGCAGCCCCCCACCACUUGUAGUUCCCGUUUCCGCGUGAUCAAGCUGGACCACGGCAGCGGGGAGCCGUAUCGACGCGGCCGAUGGACGUGCAUGGAAUACUAUGAGCGGGAUUCCGACAGCAGCGUGCUGACCCGGUCCGGGGAUUGCAUUAGGCACAGCAAUACUUUUGAUCAGACUGCGGAUCGGGACAGCGGCCUGGGCGCCACCGGAGGGUCCGUGGUGGUGGUGGUGGCCUCCAUGCCGGGGGCGCCCGGGCCCGACUCGGGGACUGACAGCUCCUUGACUGCUGUGUCACAGCUAGCCCCGUCGGAGAAAAUGAGCCAGCCCGCCCCGGCCCCGCCGCAGAGUUCUGGCGUUGGGCAGCCGCAGCCGCAGCCUCCGCCCGUAGGUGGGGCUGUGGCUCCGAGCUCGGCUCCGCUGCCGCCGUUCCCGGGAGCCGCGGCCGGGCCGCCGCAGAUGAUGGCAGCCCCGCCGCCCAGCCAGCCCCAGGGCGCCGCGCCUGGCUCCGUCCCCCCGGGCCCCAACGGACAGGGGCUGCCGCUGACGAAUGUAACCCUGGCGCAGCCCGGCCUGGCCCUGCCUCCGCAGCCCGGCCCGGCCGUGGGCGCUUCUGCCGCGCCGCCGCCCCAGCAGUUCGCGUAUCCCCAGGCUCAGAUUCCGCCGGGCCAUCUGCUGCCCGUCCAGCCCGCCGGCCAGAGUGAGUACCUGCAGCCGCCCAGCCCGGCGCAGCCCUCGUCCGCGGGCGCCGGAGCGGGCCCCGCCGCGGCGGCCGGCCUCCCCGGGGGCCCCGGCCAGAACGCCGCCUCCACGGGCGCGCAGAUGAUGGGCGCGGCCUCCCUGCCUGGCGAAGCCGUGGCCCCGGGGCCGGGCCCCGCGCAGGGCGGACCGGCCGCGCCCGGUCAGCCGGCCGGAGUGCCCCCGGCUGCCGUGGGAGGCGCGGCGCCGUCGGGCCUGGUUCCCGCCGGGGCCGGGCAGCCGCAGAUGGGUGGCAGCGGCGCGCCAUCGGCAGUGCCCGGCGGCCCUCACGCCGUGGCGCCCGGAGUUCCGAACGUGCCUGCAGCCGCGCCCGCUCCCAGCGUGCCUACCACUUCUGUUACUAUGCCAAAUGUACCCGCGCCCUUGGCCCAGGCGCAGCAGCUGAGCAGCCAUCCUCCGGUCAGUAGGAGCGGCAGCAUCAUCCAGCACGCGGGGCUGCCCUUAGCGCCGGGCACGGCCGGUGCACCGACGAGUCUACCGCAGCCUGACCUAAGCCAGUUUCAGACUCAGACCCAGCCUUUAGUCGGGCAAGUUGACGAUACUAGAAGAAAAUCCGAACCCCUACCUCAACCACCACUUUCUCUCAUUGCUGAAACGAAGCCUGUUGUGAAGCCUCCUGUUGCAGAUGCCCUGGCAAACCCCCUUCAGUUAACACCUAUGAACAGUCUCUCCACCUCUGUAUUCAGCAUAGCUAUUCCUGUUGAUGGUGAUGAAGACAGGAAUCCUUCAACUGCUUUCUUCCAAGCGUUCCAUUUGAACACGAUUCAGGAAUCAAAGAACCUCUGGCAUAGUGCAUCUGGGGGAGGUGGUGUAGCCAUUGACAACAAAAUAGAACAAGCAAUGGAUCUGGUGAAAAGCCAUUUGAUGUAUGCAGUAAGAGAAGAAGUGGAAGUUCUAAAGGAACAAAUAAAAGAAUUAGUUGAAAGAAACUCUUUACUUGAACGAGAAAAUGCACUGUUAAAAUCUCUUUCAAACAAUGAUCAGUUAUCCCAACUCCCAGCCCAACAGGCCAAUGCUGGUAGCACUUCUCAACAGCAAGCAGUGAUAGCACAGCCUCCGCAGCCAACGCAGCCUCCGCAGCAGCCGAAUGUGUCCUCAGCAUAAAGCUUUCUUGCCUCAUUAAGAAAAAAACUGAAAGCAAUCUAUCCUUGUGUGCCACUGGUGUUCUUUCCACUUUAUACGAAAGCAAGUAGCCAUGCUUCAGUUGUGUGUUUGGCCUUUUCAGUAUUAGACAAUCAUUCUACAAGAGCUUUUCCUCUCUUUGAGAUGUCAUGCAGUGCUGUUGAUGUCCAGUUUAUGUCAUCAGUACACAAGGAGAAUAAUAGAUGGGGUGUAUUAAAGAGAGCAGAGUUAGCAUUUUACCUGGUGCGCACGAGUGGGGUCUUUUAAGAGCUUUGGUGGCUCUCCCAUGUUUCCUAUUAUCCAUGGAUUUACCCUGAGCCUUCCUAUCGCAUUAUAAAUAACAGUUCAUCUAAAGAGCCACUUUUCUUUCAAUAUCAGUAACAUUUGCCUACAUAAGUUUUCAUUUAUUUGUGUUUUAUUUAUUACAGGGCUGCUAUUUUCAUAAUGUACAUGAACAAUGUCACAGAACUUCUUUAAUUUUUUUGAAUAAUUUUAAGUAUCAGUAAAGGAAUUGAAAGACAGGAUUGCAUUUAAUAGAUGAAAUGUUUAGGCAAUAAUUGAACAAAAGAAUCCUGGCAUAUUUCUAACACUAAUGGCAAUUUACCUUCGGUAUUUAUUUUCAGUAGUAAAGACCCAGCUUGAAUGUAAAUUUUGUAUAGUGUAAGUAUGAAGAACAUAGUGCAACUGUACAGGUAGUCACCAGUUAUUGUGAUAUAAUAAAUAAUUGGGCUAUUUUGAUGAAGAAAACUUUGUUCAUUUGUUUCUACUUUCUAAUAGAGAAAUUGCCACGAUUCCUCUGCUUUUUGACAUUUCGUAUGACUUUUUUUUCGGGUGGGAAUAAAAAGCUGUGAAAUUGUUCAACCUACUUUGUAACCAAAGAAGCAAAGCUGUGUAAUGGAGUUUUUUUGUUUUUUGGUUUUUUUUUUUAUAAUGCACAUUCUUUAUGUAUUUUUAUUUAGUGUUCUCUCGGUCACAAUUUUCUUUGCUGUCUAGCAUGAUCUGCAUGACCUAUAAUCUUUGAACCACUUUCGUACCUCAUGUUUUUAUCCAGCACUCUUAUUGUAAUAUGUACUAGUCUGUGAACAAUGUCAAAUAAAAAAGAACGAACAGGUAGUAUGGUGGAGCUGAGCUAGUGUACUAUACACUAGUUGUAAAAAAAAAAAAAAUAAUGAAGUGAGCCAUCUUUUUGUUCAUUUAAAAUGGUGUUUUGAAUUUCGUAUGCAGAAAACGUUUUGUUACAUUGCAGAUUUUAAUGUAUUUAAUAAAUGCAACAUGCAGAUUAAGUGCAGUGUAUACUGAGUAUUUAAAUUAAAAUGUACAUUUCAUAAAUACAGUUUCAAGAGAAAGCAUCAUUUUGUGUAUACUAAC